GGAAAAACUCUCUCCGAGUCUCCUGUAGGUUGAAGACGCGCAUAGUCAAACAGGACACACCUCGUUGUCUGCUGUACAGCUUAACUGUUGCUUUUACUGUUCUACAUGUGGCCGUGAAGAGAAAACAAUAGAACAUCUACAGGAAAUUACAAACGCCGACAGCAGGAGGAAACUGGUAGAAGCAGAAGUUAAUCGGGCAAGACGAAGUUAAUACGGGCUACACAAGCAACGGAAAUGUCCACAAUUCUGUGGUUGCUCUUCCUGGCAUCCUGUGUGACCACGGCAUGGAUGCACUACGCAGAUUCCCAGGACAAGGGCUCGAGUUCCAUCGUAUUUCCAAGUAGCGUCGUUUCAGCACCAGCCGCCACUGCACACCGAGAUAGGAACGCAGACCGCCUACAUAGACCGUACUUUCACGCGGUGGAGGCACUCUUCGCAGUCAGUACUCGCUUGAAUGCGCUGCUGGGGUCUCAUGCCGAGGGGAACGUGUUGUUUUCUCCUGUCACUACCACCACUGCUCUAGCGGAAUUGUUACUCGGGGCCCGUGGAUCCACGAGAAGCCAAAUCCUGAACAUUCUGACAGCCGCAAACAGGACCAAUGACACUGCUGAAGCCACAGCUGCCGAGUUCCAUCAACAUCUGAACAGUCUUCUCAGGAACCUGAAGACCAGCGCUGUUUUCGACAACUCGUACUAUCUCCACCUGAGCAGUGCCUUCUUUUUCCGUUUGGGACUAAGUCCUUUCUCAAGUUUCAUAAAUGCUGCAACUGAACUGUAUGCAAUGGAUCUGUUUUAUUUGGACUUCGGCGGAGAUCCAUCGGGUUCCCUGGAAAUAUUGAAUCGAUGGGCAGCAUUAAACACAUUGGGCGCCAUUGACAGAGUCUUCAGUCAUCCUCUACCAGCGACAACAGCAGCUGUCUUAACCAAUGCCAUCUAUUUUAAAGGUGCCUGGGAAACGCCAUUCAAUUCUCAGUACACGGUGCCAGGCAAAUUCAAAUAUAACGAUACUGACAGCCUGGAUGUGCAGUUUAUGAGGGGUCAAUUUAAUCUGAAGUAUUCGGAGAGCCACAGGUUGGGUUGUCGCCUGGUAUGCAUACCAUACAAGCACGGCCAAGCAGCAAUGUACGCUAUUUUGCCGGACACAGGUGAUAUGUACAACAUACACCAAUUUGCAACUGGAUUAUCUUUGGAUGAUUUCACAGAGCUCGUUGAUUCUGCAACAACUACUUCAGUGACAUUAAUUAUGCCAAAAAUGAGACUAGCUCAGAAUUUUAGCAUUCGUAAAGCUUUUUCUCUCCUUCAGAAGCAGGCUGAAUCUCAGAUUCAAGAGGAAAGGUUUUCUUCCAAUCCUCAUCAAAACAAUACGGAUGAAAGUGAACUAACCUGCUGUAGUUCAAACUGCUCGGAGAAUUGUCAAGGAUUCUGCACUUCAGAAGACCGGGAUGUCAACAGUGAUGAAGGAAGUUUCUCAUUUAACAUGAGUGGAAUCACCAACCAUAAGAAUUUUCAGAUCAAUGAUAUAAUUGAACAUGUUUUUCUUGACGUAGACGAAGCAGGCACGGUGGCUGCGGCCGUUGGGUCAACCCUCGUGGACUACUCAGGAGAAUUCAAGGAUUUCAAAAUGGACAGGCCAUUUUUAUUUUUCAUAAAACAUGAAAUUACUGGAUCUCUUCUCUUUUGGGGCAUAAUUGUAGACCCAACAAAUGGAAAUGCAUGAACAUUUGAUACUUUAUCAAGCAAGAUAUUUAAGACAGUGCCAAAUAGAAGACUUAAUAAUGCA